CGAGGAGCCGUUAUAAAGGCAACCCAUUUGAAUUACUACCACAAGUACUAUUCGUCAGUCGUCACCUUGCGUAAUCUACUUUAUAAAUUACUUAUAGAUCUCUGAACCCAUAUUCUAGCUGACACAUCAUGCCAAGAGAACAGGGAGAAAAAACGACCGCAUUCCCCGGCAAGGAAGAACGUUAUUUGUGCUGGAAUUCUAGAGAUGAAUUUUGGAAAUGCAUCGAUUCAGGUGGAACGGCCGAGAGCUGCAAGGAGCUGAGGAAACUGUACGAAGAACAUUGCCCAUCGACUUGGGUCAAACACUUUGACAGGAAGCACAAAUACGAGAAGUUCAAGGAACUGAUGAAGGAAGGUUAUGAACCUUUAAACGACAAAGAGAAGAGUUGAUAGAUUUCCGAGUGGUUUAAUAUUUUGCUAAGUGUAAAUAGGAAGGGCGUACGACACAUUAAUGGGUAUGUUUAAGGCGUUACUCUGUCUUGUAGCAUUUACAUUCAUUUCCCCUCGUGUUUGUCCAGAGAAAUGUGUUAAGAAAGAGGCACCUUUUUAUACAGGCACAGUACUUCUUAUCUCGUUUUAACUUUAUGAUUAUUCUUUGUAAGCAGGGAACCAUAGGUUUCUGAAGUUUAAUGUUCGUAAUAAACUUGAGCUAAUCA